AACUUUUUGCGCAUAUAUGAAUGGUUUUACUUCUCUUUUCCGGAGUUUUAAGUUCAAUGUUUCGUCGAAGAUGCAUCAUGCAUCAUGAUAAAAUGUUCUAUUAUAAAUUAAUAUUGGCCUUGCCACCGUCGGUCCGUCCAACAUGGUUCUCUCUAGGAAGCUAACAGUCGUCAUAAAUCAGCGCGAACGACCGCAGAACAAAACGUUGAAGUAGCUUCGGUCCAUUAAGCUGCGUGUGGAAAAUUGCUCGCUCGGCUAUAAAAAUAUGCAAAUGUGUUUCGAAUGCUCGCACGUGAUUUUUCCCUCGUCUGCUGGCGCACUGGCACCAAUCGAACGUUUAAGUUUAACGCCGUCGCUCGUUCUCAUCGUUUUUCAUUGUAAAGCUUUACCACAUCCAUCCUGUCUGACAUUGCCAACAAUGCGUCCGCGUAUUUGUUUAUGAGGGUCUUAAUCAAUCAGAGCAAAUCGCCUCUUGUGUUUUUUAAACCAACAUUGUGUCAAGAAUCUUACAAUUUAUCACUCGGACUCGCGCCCACUCGCUGGAAAUAUUUAAACUACACUCUACUCGAUAUAUCGACAUAUAUUGAUUAAUUAUUACUAUUCGAUACUAUUAGAUACUAUUACUAUUCGAUACUAUUAGAAGAUUACCAAAAAAAGUAUUAAUUUAAACUUAUCCAUUAAAUUUCUAACAAGGAUAUGAAAUUCUAAAUUACGUUAGAGAAAUGUAAAAAGAAUACGCUUCGAAUAAUCAAAUGUGUAGUAUAACUAUAUAAGAAAAUUAUUAAUUUUACUUUGAUAAGAUAUGUUCCGUUGCUAUGCAAAAGACAUUAUUCCGGAAAUCUGUGGCAAACCCUACUGUUUUUUUCGCGACGCGAAGAACUUCCACGUGCAAAACUUCCAAGCGCCGAAAACCGAAUGGUGUGGACCAUACACGACUUCACGGAGAUCUGGGUCCGUGUACUCCGUUCUAAAGAUGUAUUGGAGAAGUGUAAGAAGGGUAGGCUAUUUCUGGUCGUGGGAGCCAAGAGAGAGACUCGCCGUGCAAACGGCUCUUAGCCACUUCGUACGCCGAGAGUAGUCUCGCUUUCGCCGCGUAUCGCCGAUAUACACCUUUCGGGAAGACCGCAUCUCGCAAAAAACCGAACGAUGUGAUCAGUAUAGUGAGAAUGAAAAUGCUUCGCUUAGUGACCAGAAUAAACGAGAUUCUACGGGGGCUAUGAUAAAUUAACGGAAAUUAUGAAGAAUCGAUCGUGUACCCGAAAUCCGAUCGAACUGAAAUGAAAAUUGAAUGACAUCAAACAACCAACACCAACGGGAAUAAGUAAUUUUCGUAUAAGAGGAAACAAUAAGAAGCGAAUAAUUUUUCAUUUCGGACAAAGAAACAGGAUGGAUCAAAAUUUAUUAAAAAUUAAUGUCUAAAGAGAAGCGUUUGAAAAAAUUUUUCACUUCGCGAGAUUGCUGUGAAGAAGUCAAAGAAAUUUUUAUAUAAAUAUCAAAAACAUAUGAUUAAUUGCUUUUUUACAAAAUUUAAUAUAAUAUUAUUUUUAAGAAUUAAUGUUAAAUUGCUUGCGUCGAUAUAAAUGUGCAGCACGAAUAAGUGAACUAAUGUAUAAAAAUGAGAAAUAAAGACUGCAAUUCAUAAUGACAUAUAUAAUAUAUUUCUCUUAUGACUAUAAAUAUCAAAAGUAAAAUGUGAAUCUUUUAAUAUAAUGCCAGUCUACAAACGACGCGUGCGAGAUAUUAAGCAAUCAAAAGUGAAAUGUCAAAUGGUUAAAUUAAGAAAAGAAAGAGAAUAAAUAACAUUGAACAGACGUAAGCUGAAGCAGUAAGAUAAAUUUUUUUUUUUAUAAGCGGAAAUACAUUAAAACAUAAUCAAUUUUUUAAGUGAAAGACUUAUAACAAGAAGUAUUAAUACGCUGUGGUUUAAAUAAAAUAUACUAUCCAAAAAGAAAAAAAAAAGGAGCCAGAAUCGUGUAGAUAAAUCGACAAAGACAUCGAAGCGAAACUUGAUGAACGAUAUCGCGGCGAGGGCGAGACGGCGACAUGUGCGAAUUGAUUGAGGGCGCAAAGUCGUGAUUCCCAUCGUCGGGACGCCAAGUUUCGAGUCGAUGUCCAUUUGUUCACGUCCGGCACAACGAUUUCGUUGACGGUUCGCGGGCGUUAUUGAAUUUUAAUUCCUGAAGAAGGAAGUGUUCGAUCUUUUUUCCGGAGAGUCCCGUUAAAACGCGAGCUUUCAUAUCGCGCUUCUAAAACGAAUGAUUCAUCUAAUUCAUUGAACUUAUCAUGUGUUCGUGUCCAGUCCAAUGCGGACCACGCAAAAUUUCAAAAGCUCGACAGGUCAAUCACGUAUAAUUGAUUUUGCUUUAACUCCCUUCUAAGAUCAUUGAAGAUAUUAAAAAUCUCGUGCUAUCGUCGGAAGAACACAGAAGAAUUGAAGAGAAAUGUAAUCAUGAUAUGUUCAAUACAAGUAAUUCCUCGUCCAUCUUUAUAAUCGAUCUUGAAGCUCAUGUGACAAUGUUUAUAAUCGGAAAUGUCGAAGUAUUACUAAUGAUCUCAUCAAGUGUCGAAUAGUUAUUUCGGAAGAAGACAAUGUCCUUCUGCAGGAUCACGGGUAAAAGUCGAGGUCUUCCCAGGCCAUAUUUUCCGCUGCUACCACCCAUAAGUCCGGCAGAUGCGAAGCGAUUCUGUCGCAUCACCGGCAAGUCCUACGGCCUGCCGACCCAUCAUUACAUUCCGGUGCUGUUGGGCGCGCACGCCCACGACAAGUCGAAAUGUAAGAUUACGACCAAAUCAUCGGGCCUUGGUCCGCAUCACUAUACCGCCGGUUUGAUCGUUGGUGAAAAGAAGAAGCAUGUGGUGCUCAAAGACUAUCGCUACGUCUUUCCGAUCCUGGAGGGUGAGGGUGAGCAACAGCGUACUUUGCGAGAGCUUUUGAAUGCGAAACAGACCCCGAUCGAGGAAGCGGAAAAAUUUGUGUACACGGUGGAGGAGCGAAGAUGCAGUCUCGUGUUCCCGGCGAAGUUGGAAGCCGCCGUCAGGGACGGAGACGUCAAGGAUGUAAUGCUCUCGCGAGAUUGCGACACCGUUUUGUUGAGACUAAAACAGGGCAAGAAUGUAUCUGUGGAUUUUAAGAAUUUGGAGAAUUUCGAAAAUCUUUAUGAUGGCAUGGGACCACGAGAGGAAGUGCUGAAGGAGCGAGAGAGAUUAGAGGCUGAGGCUAAAAAACGGAAGAGAAAAAAGCAGACCGUACUAAAUUAUGCAAAAAAAUUUUUCGAGGAAAAAGAGAAGGCGGCUGACGAAGAAGAACUCCAACGUACUAAGCAGCUUAAACUAAGAAGUAUCAAAGAAGAGGUCAAGGAGGAAAUGAUGGAAGAUUGGAAGCAUGUGAAUGCAGAACAGGCGAGAUUGAAAUCUGUUGACAUCAUGAAUAUUUCGAACAUUCUCAAAGAUGCAGGAAAGCCGGUUUCCAACAUGUUAGACUGGAAUACAUUUCAAAGUAAUGCGAAGAAACCAUCCGGCGUAUCAGUGAUUGAAAAAAUUCCGGUAGCCGUAACUGCCGAGCCACAAAUCAUAGAUCAUGAACCAAUCUUAUACGCUAGUUCUAUAUCGGAGUCCGUGGGUGGUUUUGAAGCAAUCGCGAUCGCAAAGCCGCUGACACCUUUGAUCGCGAAACCAGAUGUUACGUUGCAAAAUGCGAUUCGAAGUAUCUCACAGGGUGAUCUCGAGGAUAACGCGAACGUGACGGACAAAUUUUUGCAGGCUGGAGAACAAGCGUUAAAAUGCUUGCCGAGAAUAGAGGAAGUAUCUGAAUUGGUACGAAAUUUACCUACCGGCAAAAAGACUACGAUGCAUAAUGUUAAAGGUCUCAAGUUGGAUAUUAAAUCGGCUGAAAGAUUUGUUGCAGGCCAGACAGUGCACACACCUUCCGGCGCUAUUUUCGUGCCUGGUCAAACUCUGCAGACUCCUCAAGGUUCCACUUUCGUUCCUGGAUUAACUCUUAACACGCCUGAUGGUCCGCUUCUAGUUCCUGGACAGAUCGUCAUCGUGAGCGAGUCGGAUGGUGCAAAAACGCCGGUUUUUGUGGCUGGACAAACCUUGAUGACAGAACGAGGCGAAUGUUUCGUACAAGGCCAGACGUUCCAUACAAGCGAGGGAAGCAAAUUCGUUGAAGGUCAGACCGUUCUGACGGAGGAGGGCCCAAAAUUUGUAGCCGGUCAAGUGGUAAGGGAUGGAACUUUCAUCGCGGGUCAAACUGUGAUCACUCCGGACGGAGUACGUUUUAUGGCUGGUCAAUCCGUCACGGAUUAUCGCGGCGAACCGGUCUUCGUGCCAGGACAAAAUGUGCGGAUUGACGGCAAUUACGAAUUCGUACCAGGCCAGUGCGUUGAAUCACCAAACGGCGAACCCAAGUUUGUUCCUGGACAGACUCUGCUAACAACGGAAGGUCCGCAGUUUGUUCCAGGCCAGUAUGUAACCACGAAAUUAGGUGAGAAACAUUUUGUUCCUGGCAUUGCUAGAGAAACGGAGGAUGCCUUGACGUUCGUAUCAGGAAUGACACUGGACACACCCAAGGGUCAGAAAUUUGUUGAGGGUCAAGUGCUGAAGACGCCGGAAGGUGCUGUAUUCUGUCCGGGACGAACUAUCAUCACUGAGAAAGGUUUCGAAUUUAUUGCAGCGAGCAAAUUUGACGAGGUAAUUUUUCAAGAUGCCGGUCCCGUUGGCAUUCCUGUGGAUCCGAAGACUGCAAGUGCGGUAUCAGCUCUUCAGCAGCGCGAAAUUUUCGGUCACAUGGUACAGACAGAAAAGGGUAUCGAGUUCUUCCCAGAGAAUGCGAGAAACUUACCGGAGGGCAGAAGAAUCGUGCCCGGUCAGUUGGUCUCUGGCGACAAAGACGGUCCACGUUUCGUUCCAGGUGUCAUGACGGAAGAUGGCUUCUUGCCUGGUCAAAUAGUCAUAACGGAGAAGGGGGAGGAGUUCGUCCCAGGUCAGGUGAUCGAUACGAGUAGCGGGCCGAAAUUUGUGCCCGGCCAGAUAGUGGAGACUCGGACUGGACCCAAAUUUGUACCUGGUCAAACGAUAGAUACGCCCGAUGGACCACGUUUCGUGCCGGGUCAAAUUGUCGAUACUAAAGUGGGACCGACAUUUAUUCCUGGUCAAGUAAUUUACACGGAAGAAGAGGGAUCCAGAUUCGUACCAGGACAAGUGGUAGACACGCCGAAUGGUCCUAGAUUCGUGCCGGGUCGCGUGGUGGAGGCUGGUGAGAUGGGUGUGACCUUUGUACCAGGUCAAAUCGUGCAGACGGAAGAAGGGCCCUGUUUCGUCGCUCCCGAUCUUAUCGAUACUCCCGAAGGUGAGCUGGAAUUUUCCGUGCAGGGUUUCGAAGUUACUCCCGAGGAGCUGCAAUUGCUGCGGCCGCAGCAUUUGCAUUACAAUCCGCGAUUUCGCCAUCGCGGCGAGACUAGCGUGGACGCUAAGAUGCUGCGCGAAUUUUCCGAGGCAGGAUUACCCGUGGGACGGAAAGUCGCGACAAGUCUACCAACGGUGGAUGUGGACAUAGAUCCAAAAGCGGUAGCUUUAGAACAGGCUCUCGCUGUAGCGACGACAAAAUUAAGUCUACAAGGUGGUACGGCCGUGAAACUGGCACAAGUUAUGUCAACGAUUGCACAAUUAGCGAAAAACAUUAUUCUGCAACAGAAGCAACAACAGAAUUCAGAUAUUGCAAAUGCGGUAACAUUAACAAACGGCAAUCAAUCGUCUGUUACUGAAACCGAAGAAAAAAGAACAAACAAUGAAAACAAUAACGGAUCAUUUCGAAAUAUAAUAAGAGCGGCUAUAACAGCAGCUGUCGCGACGAUAUCAGACGAUCAACAGGCAACAACAAAUAAUAGCAAUUCUCAAGAUUUUGUCUAUUCUUCUAUUAGUGAAUCGUUCGACGUGCUGUUGCAUCAGAACGAUGUCGAUCGAUCAGUGGAUGAAAUUUUAAAAAUCCUUCUGAUUCCGCAGAAUCGCAGUUCUCUUUGUCAAAGCGUGCUCUCGGAAUUAUUAGAGACCAAAAACAGCAAGGUAAAUAUACUCAAGUCGACUGUGAGUCCUGGCCAGUCAUUGCGGAGGGACGCCGUGCUCGAGAAGCUAUCGUUGGUUCUCGAGGAGGAACACGGCAUGGAUUUGAUCGGACCGGCCUUCCGAAUCGUCUCGAAGAAUGAUCCCGAGCUAGUGUCGCUCGUUUUGGAGAACGUAUCGCGACAUGUGGCGGAAGUAGCAACCGAGAAGGAAGCCGCGGAAACGGUCUACAAAGCGAUUGUCGAAGCGGUCCGAGAAUCAAGCGAGAUUCGCGUGAAAGAGUUGCUAAACGUCGAAGGUCCGGAUGUUCGGGAGAUGCUCCUUCAGGCAGUAGGUUUGGCACGUGCCUUGGGAAUGUCCGAAACGGCGAAUAGCCUACUGGCGGUGAUCAGCGAUGAGAGAUCUACCCGAGCGUUGGCAAAUGACCGGGUGACUAUGGACGUGUUGAGAAGAUUGGCAAUUAUGAGAAAACUCGCGGAAGAACGACCGCCCUUCAUGAAUGCUCUUGGACAGUUAUGCAGUGAUCCCGAAUUGGCUAGAGCAGAUCCGCGAUUACGAACCCUCGUUAGAGAGAGUGCCGCACUCAUGAUCGUACCCGAAGAAACUCCAUUGCUAUCGUCGGCCGAUGUUCCAACCGCAUUACUACACGCUAACAAUAGCCUAGCGAUGGAAGAGUUCCUGCUAAGAAGGAGUCAUAAGCGAUCGGCGAUCUUCAUGAUCUUGAAACAGGGUAUGCAGGCGGUCGUGCCUAGAGAAGCUUCCAGAUCAGUGUUGACCGGUGAGGUCGCCUAUACUGUUCUCGACGAGGAUGGUAUACAUCACUUCGAACCGUUGCACGUGUUCUCGGCGCUCAGACUAAAUCGUCCGACCGCUCAUCGGUUCUCCAUGUACUGUUGUCCGGUGGCAAAGGAGGUGGACAUUGACGGCGAGGUCAUGUCCACCACCUUCACUGGCACAACCUCGAUUUCCAGCAGUUUGGACGGUUCUGCUAAUGGCAGUUCCAACAAACAAGAAAACAAUGGUAUCGCAACAUUAUCAAGAUCUGAACAAUCGGCCGCUUUUUAUUCAGUCAGCAGAGAAAACACGCCGAGCCUGAAGAGAUUAAAUAACGCUCGACAAUGGGACAGUUUCGACCGGGGAUCCUCGGAAAAUUAUGUCGUCGUGAAGGACUACGCAGCGGACACCGAUGGAUUCACCGUGAACGUCGGCGACAUCGUCGAGGCCAUCGAGCACGACAACGGUUCGGCAAAGAAAGCGAGAUUGGACCCCGACUUGGAGGUCGAAGUCGGCGAUAUCUUGGACAAUUCGGCUGCUAAGCACAAGCUUUCAAUUCGACCACGUCGAAAUCAUGCAGAUCCGCGAGCUCGAAGCCCGAGCAAUUAUUCAGACUCGAGCCUUCAAAGGAUAUAUGUUCGUACAUCCGACGGAAGGCAGGGAUGGUUACCAAUGUCCAUUUUAAUGCAAACGGCGCUUAGCGAAGAGACUUCGUCGAUGAGUCGGCCAGAAGAUUCUCAUUAUCGACGAGAGGCUGUCGUAAAAGAGUUAAUUGAGACGGAGGAAGAAUUCGGCAGAGACAUUCAACUCGUUGUCGAACGAUAUCUGAAGCCCCUUGACAAUCCUGGUGUUCCACGAGCCGUACGAGACAAUAAAGAAGUUAUUUUCACUAAUUUGAAGCAAAUAGCCGAUUUUCACAACACAUCGUUCGGCAGGGUGUUGAUCGAGGGCGUCAAGUACUAUGCGGAUCAACCACGUAUGCUUGGCAAAACUUUCUUGAGAUUAGAAAGAGACUUUGACAAGCACGUGGCGUACUGUAGAGAUGAACCCGCUGCACAGGAAUUUCUUCAGACAAACGACGAAGUACGCGAAUAUUUUGAGGAGUUGAGCCAGACUCUAGGUGACGACAAGAGCAUAUCGGAACAUUUGAAACUCCCGAUACAACGUAUAAACGACUAUCAGCUCCUGUUAAAGGAGCUGGUGAAGUAUUCGACUCGAUUAGGCGAAAACUGCGACGACUUACAAAAGGCAUUAGAGUUGAUGCUAGGAAUCCCUCAUAGGGCAACCGACAAUAAAUUUAUAAGUAAUAUCGAAGGGUACAAAGGGAACAUUCACAAACUUGGUAGAUUACUCACGCAUGAAUGGUACACAGUUAUCGAUAAGGAAGGAAAAAACAAGGAAAGAUAUUUGUUCUUAUUUAAAGCACGAAUUCUUAUCUGCAAAGUCAGACGGAUAUCAGAAGAUAGAUCGGUUUUCAUCCUAAAGGAUAUUAUUCGAUUACCAGAAGUAGAAGUAAAAGAUCAUCCCGAUGAUAUACGAUCUUUCGAAUUACACAAUCCGGCUGCACCCAAUUACCCCAUCACUUUAGUAGCUCACAAGGAUCCCGUGAAAGCUUACUGGCUCAAAGAAAUCCGUCAGUACGCCAGUGAUUUGGUUGCUCUCGCCGAACACGCAGCGGACGAUCUUCAAGUGACCGAAGAAAUAUCGGAAAGUAAAGAAGAAGUGAAGAGCGAUGAGAAACCGGUGCCAGUGAAAAUCGAACCAGCACAAGCAAAUCCAGAAUCACCUAAAGCUCAGGCUAAUCCGGGUCUACCAAAGACUGACACAACUAAGGACUCCACGAAAGUUGUUGAGAAGAGAAAGGAUUCCGUGGGCACAACCGAUACAUCGGAGGUAAAGAAGACCAAGAUCGAAGAAACAGAAGCAGACAUGUCUCGAAGAUAUUCCUCAAGUCGAUACAGUGCCUCUUCGAAAGUGGUGGAAGAAUAUUCAUCGAUAUCGAGCAGUCGUAAUGGCGUAUCUUCAUACAUGGAAUCUGCGGCGUCUGCCAUCGAGACGAGAAUGUCUUCCUCAUCGCAAGGGAUGGGUCAAAUAUCAGAAACUACGACGUCCUACGAGACUGCGAUCGCUGGUGAUGCCGCCAUGGACUCGAAUAUUGAAAGCAGAUCUGCUAAAGUCACUCUUGGCACCGACGCUGGCAAACCGGUGUUUAUCAAGACGAUAGAAGGUUGCAAUGUAGAACCGAUGCGACCAAAAAAGGCAUUGAUACACGCCAUAGCCGGAGAAGUUGCCACUUUUGAAUGCGUCAUGUUAACAAGUGACUCGACCACCAGAAUGCAAUGGCUGAAGGAUAACAAACCGAUGGAGGACAAAUUGGCCGAUCGCGUCACAACCACGAUAAGUGAUAAUAUAUGUAAACUUGAAAUCCAAAACGUUCACGAAUCAGAUUCCGGCAUAUACAUCGCACGUGCUCUGAAUUCAAACGGUGAAGCGACAUGCACUGCUCAAUUAAUAGUUCAACAAUUGAGUGAGGAAGAGAAGAAAGCAAGAGCAGAAGCGAAUGCUCCUAUAUUCUUAGUGCGUCUGAAAGAUACCGAACUUCUUGAAAAUACUUAUCUACGUUUCAUGAUUAAAGUCAAAGGAGAUCCUAAUCCGGAAAUAAAAUUCUUCAAGGAUGGCACUCUGAUCGAUGCAAAGCACGAACGCGUAAAGAUUAUUCGAGAUAACGCCGAGAAAGGAUUUUACGAACUGGUGAUCGCUGACGUACAAAAACAGGAUGCUGGAAAAUAUUCAUGUUCAGCUAUGAAUCGCUAUGGCGAGGCUACAUGCGAAGCGGUAGUGACAGUGACAGACGAAAAGCCACUUUUCCAAGGUCUUCCUGAGGGUCUUCUCGAACUUGGAACCGAGCCACGAUUUAUUUGGACGCGUGAUGGACAAGCGUUUGAUCCUGAAGAGAGAUUUAAAGUUCUUUUUAAGGAUAACGAAGACACUCUGGCAUUGGUGUUCCAGCAUGUAAAGCCUGAAGAUGCCGGUCUUUACACAUGCGUGGCACAAACCAGCACAGGUAACAUUAGCUGCAGCGCGGAAUUGACAGUGCAGGGCGCAGUAAAUCAAUUGCUGAAGGAUCCAGAAAAGCCGAAACUUCAAACGGAAUCGAAGCAAUCCGAAGUGAGCGCUGGUGGUUCCGCGAUGUUAGAUCUACAGGUGAAGGGAUAUCCUAAGCCAGACAUCAAGUGGACCAAGGAUGGUCAGGAGAUCAUAGCUGGUGGUAGAAUCAAAUAUCUCUGGGAAGACGAAGAGUCCUUAUCGUUGGUGAUUAAACAAGUUACUGCUAAAGAUGCUGGCAUUUACAAAAUCACGGCGAAGAAUGAACUCGGAGAGGAUAAUACGCAGAUCGAGUUGAUCGUGAAAUCUGCGCCGAAAAUCACGAAGAAACAAUCCGACAUGAUGAUUCUCGUUGAAGAUACAGGCACGAUGACCGUGCAAGUGGAGGCCACUCCGGCGCCGGAAGUAACCUGGUACAAGGAUGGUCAGCUGAUCGAGGAGAGCGAUCGUAUCAAGAUUAUCAAGGAGAAUAAUGAUACGUAUAAGCUUGUGAUAAAAAAUGCCAAACCGACCGACGCAGGUUCAUACUCGAUUGUCGCGCGAAACGAUAUCAAUCAGACAACUGACAUUUGGAAGGUCGGCAUCAGAUGUCCGCCAAAGAUCAAGAAGGGAUUGGGAGAAUCACGAGUGAUCAAUGAAGGCGACACAUUAAAUCUUUUGAUCGAGGUGGAAUCCGAGGGAGAACCGACGGUCAACUGGUACAAAGAUGGACAGCUUUUGACGGCGAGCGACCGCGUGAAAAUGACAAAAAGCGGAAACAAUUAUAUACUCGCAGUUAGUAACGCGAAGGUGGAAGACGCGGCAUUUUAUAAGGCCGAGGUGGUGAAUAAGCAUGGAACGAUUUCAGACGAGACGAGAAUCAGGGUACGUGGUAUACCCAGAUUUAAGACGAAACUAUGCGAUAUCAGUGCGAAUGAGGGCGAGUUGAACGUCGAGUUUGUGGUUGAGGUCGAGGGCUUCCCAAAGCCGAGUGUUCAUUGGUUCUUAGGCGAUAUUGAGAUUACGGAGAAACGUACAGAGUACACUCGUGUGGAGGAGGGAGAUAAUUACAAACUCAUCAUUAAAGAAGUGAAGACAGAACUGAAAGGCUGUUACACUUGCAAAGUGCAGAACGAAUAUGGCGAGAAUUCGAGUAGUUCCAACUUGACAGUGAACACUCGGCCAAAAUUGCUAAAGAAAUUGGCGGACCAGAGGCUGAAAGAGGGUGACACACUGAAAUUGACGUUCGAAGUAUCUGCUACACCGGAUCCGGAAGUUAAAUGGUACAAGGAUGGCGAGGAAGUGACGGCGGAUGCCAGAAUCAAGAUCACUAGGGACAGUCAACGCAAGGAAAGCUACGAUUUAACGGUGACGUUGCUGAAAGGUAGCGACGGAGGCUUGUACGAAGUGCGGGCAGAAAACGAGCUAGGCUACGUCACGAGCAAGAGUAAAGUCAUCGUAAUGACUGAAACGGAAGAUGAAAAGAUACAGCCUCCGAGAGAAAAGGCUGAGAAGGUGACAAAGGUGGAAGAAACGCAGGCGAAGAAAUUAGUGGAAGAGCAAUUGUCGCAAACGACUCUACGUGGUGAAGAAUCAGAAUCGGAAGGUCGCGUCAAAUUGGAGAAACAAAACAUUCAACUAAUUCAAGGGGACAAUGAAACAAUUACGAUAUCUGUGGCCUCCACGACAUCACACGAAGCUUUACUUACAGGUCCCGGCGAAAGUCAUACGAUCAGCAAGAUGACGGCGACCAAGGUAGAGUGUCGAGAAUUUGGUAUUGGUUCAGGACCUCACGUGGAAGAAGUUGCUUCUUACGCUUACACUGUGCAAGAAGAAAAACCGCAGAACGGCGUACUGAUCGAAGAAUUUUCGGAAACUGAGGAGAAAAAGUCGAAUUUGGAUAUUAAUCGAGGUGUCACGAUCGUUUCUGUUUCUGAUGACGAAUCAACUUUGAAGGCACUUUCGCGGGACGUCAGCACGGAGGAUGUACAAACGGCUGAUCAACUCCCGGAGGAUCAAAAAGCGACAAACGGAAUUCUCAAUGAGUUUUCUUUCAACGAGACGCCAGAAAGGGAAAAAGUUUUGGAGGAUAUUAAACUGCACAGAAUCUCCAAGAUUACGGAAACCAUCGCCGAGGAGCUGUCUUCCGAAGAACCGUUAUCGGCAACGCUAUCGAAUCAAAAUCUGAAGCGAGAAAGUUUGGAUAUGAAAACGGCGAACUUACCCGGUCAGAGUUCUACCAUCAGCGACGCGAGUCCAGCGAAAAAAGUCGCGGAAAAAACUCUAGAUCGUCCAGAAACAGCUGUUGAGUUGUCGAAGGAAACCAUAAAGUUUGAGAAAACGAAAACCUCGGAGUUGUCGAGUGAAACGUUGUCGAGACAAAAUUCUCAAAAGGCGCAGCUCGACAACGACGACGAGGAUAUUGACGAAGAUAUGAAAAAUCUUCUAGCUCGUGUUAAACGGCAACGUAGUGUGUUAGACGAAAUCCUCGAUAAAGAAUCGGGCAGAGAGUCAGCUCCGCCUCAUGUCGUGAGCACAGAUCUCACCGAUCGAACAAUCUUCGAGACACAGAAUACGAAAUUCGAGGUGAAUGCCACUGGUUUACCAAGACCAGACGUAAAAUGGCUCAAAGAUGGUAAGAUUCUUCGAACUGGGGAACGGAUAAGGAUCACGACUUCAGGAGAAUCAUAUGAGAUGGACCUAAGCAAAGCCACCCUUGAAGACGAAGGUGUCUACACGUGCAUUCUAACGAAUAAAUUAGGCGAAGAAAUCGUGGAAGGCUAUCUAACCGUCGGCACCGUCGAUGAACUCCGAAAACCAAGAUUUAGCGAACCUCUUAGUGACGUCGACGUCGCUUUCAAGGAUAAUGGCGAGUUUAAAGCUGUCUUCACUGCUGAUCCGAUUCCAGAUGUUAGAUGGUAUUAUAAAGAUCAUGAAAUUCCGUCUGACGAUUCUAGAAUUAAAUCGACUAUCACUAACGGACCGGCAGCAGACAAAUUGACAGAAAGUAAAGUUACAUUAAAAGUACCGAAAUGCACCAAAGAAGAUACCGGAGAAUAUACUUUGAAGUUAAUAAAUAAAUGGGGUGAAGCCGAAAGUAGCGCAUUUUUGAAUCUUCUAUUGAAACCGGAAAUUGAAACCUUUAGAGAUCAUAGCGAAUCAGUUGAUGAACGAGUUGAAUGGCAAGCUAUUAUCAAAGGAAAUCCGAAACCUGAUAUUAAAUGGAUGAAGGAUGGUAUGGAGCUGCAAAAAGACGAGCAAUAUGACAUCGAAGAGGAUAAGAGAAAUUGUAAAUACAAACUUAUUAUUAAAAAACUCCGUUUGGAAGAUGAAGGUGUCUACACAAUUGUGGCAAAAAAUUACUUGGGUGAAGCAAGUGCUCAAGCGACUCUUACGCCUCACACCGAAGCUCCAACCUUCCUGAAAGAUCUAUCAAAAUUGCAAUGCAAUGAUCGCGAAGAUAUCGAGUUGAAGAUUCGCGCGACCGGUAUUCCGAGGCCAAACGUAGAAUGGUUGAAGGAUGGCAAGAUCAUCCAGGAGGAUGAACGGUACCAAGUGAAAACCCACGUGGAUGGUAUAGUGGACAGUAAUCUGUCUAUCAAAACCUUUUCCGCAAAGGAUGUCGGCACAAUAACGUGCAAGGCGAGUAAUGUCGCCGGAAAUGUGCAAACCAAUUGCGAGUUGUCCAUGACGUUGAUCUCACCUACGUUUGGUAAAGCGUUACCAAGAUCGGCGGAAGUCGAUGAGGGCGAGCCUCUAGAAUUGAAAGCUAAAGUGGAUGGCAGCCCAAUACCCAACGUGGCCUGGUUCAAAGACGGCGAGAAAAUUACCCCGGACGAUCACGUAAAGAUCAAUACUCUGCCGGAUGGCACCACAAAACUCACGAUCGACAUGGUAAAACCUACCGAUUGUGGCGCUUACAAACUCGUCGUUUCGAAUUCCAGCGGUGAAAAUUCCUCGCUUUGCGCCGUCGCUGUCACACCCGAACGAAGAAAACCAUCGUUCACGAAACCAUUGGAAGACACAAAGGCUGUGAUUGGGCAACCAUUAAAACUGGAAGCGCAAGUCUUAGCGUUCCCGAAUCCGCAAGUACAGUGGUUUAAAGAUGGUAUACCACUGAGACACACGAAAGAGAUGUAUUUCAUGAAUGAGCCGAAUGGUCUCAUUGGAUUGAGAAUGGAUCAUGUGCGCCCAGAGGAUGCAGGAACUUACUCGUUAAUCGUAUCCAACGCGCUCGGUGAAAUCACGGGUACAGCUAAAGUGGAAGUUGAAGAAAGAGAGAAGAGACCUGAAUUCGUUGCGAGUCUUCAACCGCAAACUGUUGUCGAAGGUUUCCCAGUGAAAAUGGAAGUGAAGACCACAGGAAAACCGAGGCCCGAACUCAAGUGGUUGCUAAAUGGCGAAGAAAUUGUCCCGGACAAUAAGCAUGUAAAGAUCGUUGAUCAACCAGAUGGCAGUCAAGCUUUGAUCCUCGACAAGGCAACACCGGAAGAUAUUGGCGAGUAUCAGGUGAUAGCUGGAAACACGGAAGGUACCGCAUCUUGCAAAGCUAAGCUGGAUGUUGCCGGCAAGAUGAGAUCAGACACACCGGAAGAGAAGCCGACAUUUACCAGCCCUAUGCGCGACGUAUCCGUCGAUGAGGGCCAGCCACUGACGAUGGAUGUGUCGUUUGUCGGCAAUCCAAUUCCCGACGUGAGCUGGACGAAGGAUGGCGAACCGAUUGAACCAUCGGAACGUGUGAAAAUGAGUUGCGACGGGAAGAAAGUUGGUUUGCAGAUCGAUCCGUGCAAGCCCGAAGACGCGGGCGUCUACGGCUGCCGAUUGAGCAAUCCGCAGGGUGAAGAUACGACAAGUGCGAAUGCCAUCAUCCGCAAGGUCUACCAGCCGCCGACCUUCACACAAAGGUUUACAGACUUGCAGCAGUUGCCUACGUUUGAUGCCAAAUUCCCGGUCCGUGUUAGCGGCAUACCGCAACCAGAUUUAACUUGGUACUUCGAUGACAAACCGAUUCUGAAGGACGAUGAAAAGUUCAGAAUAAAGCGCGAUGGUGAUAGUUGCUGUCUGUAUGUGAAGGAUUGCACAUACGAUGAUUCAGGACGGUACAAGUGCAAAGCAGUUAACAAAGGCGGCGAGGCGGAAUGCGCGGCAAAUCUGACUGUGAUCGAUAAGAUUCAAAAGAUGCAGAAGGUCGAGCCGCCGGCGUUCCUGAAAAGAAUCGGCGAUUGCGAGGUCUACAGAGGUAUGCCAGCCAAGUUCACUGCGUGCGUUACGGGAUAUCCGGAGCCUGACUUCGAAUGGUAUCGCAAUGGCGACCGGCUUUGGCAAACCGAUCGCAUCAGAAUGGACCAAGAGGGUAGUCUGUUGCGACUUACGAUAGCCAAUGUGGAUGAACUGGAUGCCGGAAAGUACGAGCUGAAGAUAUCCAAUCCUCACGGUGAAGAUUCGUGCAGCGCGGAGAUGGUUUAUGAAUCUUUGGAACCACGCGCAAAGAAAUCUCUCGCCGAUCAAUACACGGAUUACGACAAAUACCGAAAAUCUGGUAUUCCACUGCCUUUGGCGGACCGACCGAUCAUUAGUCGUAUGGUGGAUCGACAUCUCACCCUUUCGUGGAAACCAUCCAUCCCGAUCGGGCCGCGAAUACCUGUGACCUACUUGGUGGAGAUGUGCGAGCUUCCGGAUGGCGACUGGUUUACUGCUCGCAGUGGCAUUCGCAGCUGCGUUUGUGACAUUCGUAAUCUCGAGCCAUUUCGCGAUUACAAAUUCCGCAUUCGUGUGGAGAACAAAUACGGUAUAAGCGAUCCAUCGCCGUUCGCGCAAACUUAUCGCGCCAAACUGGAACCGGAACCACCCAAGUUCUUCCCGUACCUCCCUCCUGGUAUCGAUUUCCGUCCUGAAACUAGUCCCUACUUCCCGAAAGACUUCGAUAUUGAACGACCACCACACGAUGGUUAUGCCCAGGCACCUAGAUUUUUACGUCAGGAACAUGACACCCAGUAUGGCGUAAAGAACCACAAUUGCAAUCUCUUCUGGUUCGUCUAUGGUUAUCCCAAGCCAAAAAUGACGUAUUACUUCAACGAUCAAUUGAUUGAGUCGGGCGGUCGAUAUGAUCAAAGUUACACUAGAAACGGCCAAGCAACUUUAUUCAUCAACAGGAUGUUGGAGAGAGACGAGGGUAUCUACGAGGCUGUUGCUAGAAACGAACAUGGCGAGGCUAGGCAGAAAGUUAUUUUAAAAAUUGCCGAAUAUCCCACGUUUAUCGAGAGACCCGAAGAAACCAUCGUGAUGAUGAGAAGAAACGGCCAGUUGACCGCUCGCGUAACUGGCGUUCCUUAUCCGGAACUCAAAUGGUACAAGGAUUGGAAACCUAUAGCUUCAUCUUCCAGAAUCAGGAUUCAGUUCAUUGAGCCAGAUAUCACGAAGCUUAUUAUCAACGAUGCCAUCGUGAAGGACGAGGGUCUUUACUCGAUUAGCGCAGGUAAUGUGGCUGGCUCGAUAUCCUGCUCAGUAUUGCUGCAUGUAGAAGAAAACGAGCACGAGUACGGAUACAGGACGUACAGAAAGAAGAUGGAUGUGAAACCACACGAAAAGCCGUUUGAUGAUUUGUAUGAUCUGGGUGACGAGCUGGGUCGUGGUACUCAGGGCGUGACCUAUCACGCAGUCGAACGAAGCACCGGAAGAAAUUACGCUUCUAAGAUUAUGCACGGACGCGGUGAUCUCAAGCCAUUCAUGUAUAAUGAGAUGGAAGCAAUGAACAGUCUGCAUCAUCGCAAGUUGCUACGAUUACACGACGCCUUCGAGACAAAUGAUUCGGUCACUCUGAUUAUGGAACUAGCGGCCGGUGGCGAAUUAGUAGACACCCUUACAAAACAAGAACACUACACCGAGAUAGACAUCGCCCGUUAUAUACGUCAAUUGCUAUGGGGAUUGGAAUAUAUGCAUGGAAAUUAUUACGCACAUCUUGGUCUGACGCUUGGCGACUUGUUGGUCUCUCACGCUGGAGGAGACGAUUUGAAAAUCGGAGAUUUCGGACUCGCUCGUAAAAUUUCACAAAAUAGAUUGAUGACUUUAGCAUAUGGCAUGCCGGAAUACGUCGCACCGGAAGUAACUAAUAACGAAGGUGUCAGCUACGCGGCGGACAUGUGGGCCGUUGGCAUAAUUACCUACAUUUUGCUAUCGGGUAUCUCGCCCUUCAGAGGUGCAAACGAUAGAGAGACGCUGAAGAAAAUCAGAGAAGGCAAAUGGGACUUUGACGAUCGAUGGAAGAACAUCUCGAAUGAAGCACAGGAUUUCAUUCGUAAUUUAUUAAUGUACAAUGUUGAUAAAAGAAUGGAUGUUAGGGCCGCUUUGGCUCAUCCAUGGUUUAACUAUAUUGAUAAUCCACCACCAGAACCCUACAGGAUACCAUCUGAAAACUUGAAGAAUUAUUACAAACUGUAUCGCGAUUGGUACCGCAACGCGUCGUGUCGCACUUGGUAUCGUAGACGCAAACUAGAGACAGCGUUUGAAGAUCCAUCGCGAAUGGUAUAUCCGCCUGGACAUAAAUUCACACCCGAACCCGACAGAACUCACACCCCAUUGAAAAAACGUUCGCCCAGGACAUGGGAAAAUCAAAUACCUUCCAGAGAACCAAUUGAUACGGAAAUUGGGAUAAUCCAAAGUGAAAGCCAUUAUCAAAAUGGUCCAGACACGUAUCUUCUUCAGCUACGAGACACCGAUUUCCCUGUACGAUUACGUGAAUAUAUGAAGGUCGCGUGCAAUCGUAGCCCUGGAUUUUCGCGCACUAUUACCGAAGAAAAUGGUUUUGAUUGGAGGGCACCCAUCAUACGGGAACGUCGCCGUUUCACGGAUGUUAUGGACGAAGAGAUCGACGAUGAGAGAAAGGCACGCAUCAAUCGAUACGGUUCGGCGGAUACUUUUACACUUAGACGUUUGAAAAAUGAACUGGGUACUCGAUUAGACAGUUACGCUGAAGCUGAAGCGAUGAUCGAAUCGAAAAAGGAAGGUCAACCUCCGUUCUUCCGUGAAAAGCCGCAGAUCUGCCCAAUUCAGGACGGAAAACCGGCGCAUCUUACAUGCUUAGCCGUGGGAAAUCCGAAACCGCUGGUACAGUGGUUCAAGAAUGACAUGGUUAUACAAGAGAACAACAGAAUCAAAGUGACGGAAGAUUCUGAGGGAAGAUCUAUGCUUAGCUUUAAUCCUACAAAAGAGCAUGACAUCGGAAUAUAUAAAGUUGUGGCGAGGAAUCCGAUAGGACAGACGAUUGUUAGAACGAGAGUGUUGCAAGCAACGGUUUCUUGUGGUCCGGAUUCUCCAGAGGCUUCCGAUGUUUCGGACACCGAAGUUCUUCUGCGAUGGAAACAGCCGAAGUACGAUGGCAAUUCGCCCGUACUGUGUUAUAAUUUACAGUACAAAGAAGGCGAUUCGAUUGACUGGAUAGACGUUGCCUCUAAUAUUGACCACGAGUUUUAUCUGGUGCGCGAUCUGAAGCCAGACACGAGCUACAAUUUCCGUCUGGCAGCACGCAACCGCAUCGGCUGGAGCGAAAAGGGCAUCCCAUCGAAGCUGAUCAAGACACGAUUACCGGGUUGCCCAAAGGUACAGAUUACACGGGCGAUGAGGCAUCUUCAAGAGCUGACCGAAGCCGGUCAAGAAAUCACCCUGGAAGAGGACAAGUCGCACAUCGAUUAUUCUAUCGAGAAAAAUCCGAUUGAAUGGUCGGUAGAACCGCAACUAUCUACCAAGUAUAGCUUCAUCUCGGAGCUAUCGCGCGGACAGUUCUCCGCGGUGGUGAAGGGGGUAGAUAAGAGCACGGAUCGCGUGGUCGUUGCCAAGAUCCUGGAAGUAAAUGCCGAAACGGAAAAGCAGGUGAAUCGAGAAUACGAGGUGUUACGCUCGUUGCGACACGAGCGAAUAGCCUUGCUGGAAGCUGCCUACAAGGCAUCCGGGUCUCCCGUAGUGGUAUUCAUCAUGGAAAAGCUUCAAGGCGCCGAUAUACUCACGUACUUCUCCAGUCGGCACGAGUACACAGAGAACUGCGUAGCGAACGCUAUCACGCAGAUUCUCGACGGUUUGCAGUAUCUUCAUUGGCGUGGAUACUGUCAUCUGGACAUUCAGCCGGACAACGUCGUAAUGUCGUCCGUGAGAUCGGUGCAGGUGAAACUAGUCGACAUGGGUUCGGCUCAUAGGGUCACCAAAUUGGGCACGAUGGUACCUAAACAUCUGGGUCAUCCCGAAUAUAGAUCGCCUGAGUUGUACAAUGAUGAAUUAGUCUAUCCCCAAACGGACAUCUGGAUGGUUGGCGUGUUGACCUAUGUAUUGCUAUCCGGAGUUUCUCCGUUCCGCGGUAAGGAUGCGGAUGAGACCAGGCAGAACAUAUCCUUUGUUAGAUACAGAUUCGAGUAUCUUUACAAAGAGCUGAGUCAAGAAGCUACCAGAUUUCUUAUGUUGGUCUUCAAACGCGCGCCAAGCAAAAGACCGAUACCGGAGGAAUGCCAUGAACAUCGGUGGCUACUGCCGACCGAUUUUAUGAUUAAGAAACGCGAGAGAGCUGUGUUCCUAGGUAACAGGUUGAAGGAAUAUAACGAAGAAUAUCACGAAGAAAAAUCGAAAACAGCUUCCGAUAGUGAUAAUCUAGCGAGCGAGAGUUUAUUGGGUUCGAAACAGAAACUCAUCAGAUCAACCAGUAUACAAGAAGAGCUCCGGACCACGUUCUAACGAUAAAAAGCUUCAAUUUUUUAUUUAUAUUUACACACACACGCGCGCGCGCGCGCGCACACACACACACACACACGCACACACAUGCGCACACAUACACAUGCACAUAUACGCACAUUAUGGCCCUAUCACUUCGCGUAUGUCUAAUCUAUAUCUAAAGAGCGCAGAGAAAAUGCGAGAAAUGAGAAAGAUAAAGAGAAAUCAUCUCUUUAUUUUCUCUUUUGUUAUUAUUUAUUUGUUACAACUUGUAAUUAUAUCGAAGAUCGUUGUUGAUCAAUCGUCGAUAUUUCGCUGAUUUUUAUCAGCAAUCAAAUUUUCAGCCGUCCGUUAAUUCGAUGAAUAAAUUGUGGUCUAUAUAUUUUAAUAAAUAAAAAUCAAAAUAAAA